AUGGUGUCAUGGAAAGGGAUAUACUUUCUACUUGCACUAUUCUUGGGAAGUUUUUUUGGAAGUAUAUUCAUGCUCGGUCCUUUUCUACCUUUGAUGUUUAUCUCACCGGCCUGGUAUCGCUGGAUCACCGAUUGCAUUGUGGCCACUUGGCUCACACUCCCAGUGGCCUUGCUGGAGAUGGUGUUUGGUGCCAAGGUGAUUGUCACUGGUGAUGGAUUUGUUCCUGGAGAAAGGAGUGUCAUUAUUAUGAACCACCGCACACGAAUGGACUGGAUGUUCCUGUGGAACUGCCUGCUGCGAUACAGCUACCUCAGACUUGAAAAAAUCUGUCUCAAAUCCAGUCUCAAAAGCAUUCCGGGAUUUGGCUGGGCAAUGCAGGUUGCUGCCUUUGUUUUCAUUCAGAGAAAGUGGGAAGAUGACAAGAGUCACUUUGAAAAAAUGCUGGAUUAUUUCUGUGACAUUCAUGAACCACUACAACUCCUCAUCUUUCCGGAAGGAACUGAUCUCACAGCCAAUACCAAAGCCCGCAGUAAUGAAUUCGCUGAAAAGAACGGACUUAAAAAAUACGAGUACGUCUUACAUCCGCGAACUACUGGAUUCACUUUUGUGGUUGAGCGUCUAAGGGAAGGUGGCAAUGUCGAUGCUAUCCAUGACAUAACUGUGGCAUACCCCCAAAACAUUCCUCAGACGGAGAAGCACCUUUUGAAUGGAAACUUCCCAAAGGAGAUUCACUUCCAUGUCCAGAGAUAUCCCAUAGAGACAGUGCCCGCUUCUAAGGAGGAGCUGCAGCUUUGGUGCCGGAAGCGUUGGGAAGAGAAAGAGGAGAGACUCCGACACUUCUAUGAAGGUGGAAAAUGCUUCAGUGCAACAGGGCAAAGCAUUAUUCCACCGUGUAAAUCUGAGCUCAGGGUCCUCGCGGUUAAGUGCGUCUCGCUCCUGUAUUGGACGGUGUUCCCACUGGGUAUGCUUGCACUGCUGUACCUGUACAGCUUUGCACGAUGGUAUUUUGCAGCCAUGAUCGUCUUUUUUGUUGUGCAGCAAAAGCUAUUUGGUGGGCUGGAACUAAUUGAACUCGCUUGUCAUGGAUAUUUUAAAAAGCAACAGAAAUUUCACGACACAAAAAUAAAAAACAAUUAGUUGUGGGGUAGAGAAAGACGUAAAAAUGGGUGGUUUUGAGAUGUCCUGUGAAUUUUAUGCACAGGGAAGAAUUUUUGCAUGAGAAUUGUCUUUUACUAUCGCCAUUGUUAGACAUUUGCACUUGGUUCUGUGAAGAGAAAGAAAAAUGUUAGUUAUUGCUACACGUGAAAAUGGUAGUUUUUAUCUCUGAAUGUAAUUUCAACAUUGCUCUUGCAAGCAGCUAGCAACUGCAUUCUGCUGUAAUUAAGAAACAAAUUGCUGGAUUAUUGAACAAUCAUAAGGACGUUAAUAAAUGUGACAUGCACUGAACUUCCAUGUAGAAACCCAAACUGUCCAGCAAAGAGAGACAGAUGUAUGAUUUCGGUAUAAUCAUGUUGUCGUAAAGUAAGCACCGGAUUUGGAAAGCUGGUAAGUUUAACGAUGUUUUGAUGGUAGGUGGAAGUUGGAGGAGAAGUUGUUCUGUUUCUUUUUUCUAUUUCAAAUA